AUGGCCCUGUGGUGCUUCGCCCUGCUGCUUCUCAUCCCUGGCCCUGCAGCCACGGCCACAACAUUCAAUAAUGUAGCAAUCCUUACCUUCCUAGGUGUAUUGAAUUCCUUGGGAUGUCUUCCAGAGCCCAUCCGCAAAGACCAGGCAGUCAGGGUCUUCUACACAACCAGUGUGGUGUCCAGUGGUUGUGAGGCCCGUGGUCCGAUUGAUCCUGACCUCGAGGUCCAUGUUCUGAAUCUGAGAUACAGCAGACCCCAGAUGGCCACCCUCCAGCUCAACGUGUCUUCGAGGGCAGCCCAAGGCGAGCGCAAAGCCGUUUUCGUUCUGAACGCCAACAGCAGCUUCGUUCUGACAAUCCAUUCCGACGAAAACUGCCGCCUCCUCGUCAUUCACGGUCCUCGUAGCUACGUCAUGCCUUCUUCCCGUCAUAACUCCACCGCAACCGUCCUGCCUUUCUCCGGCGAGCAACUUUUGACCUGGGCCAAGGAAACGUACGGAGGCGUCUCUUCCUUUGCGGAGUUAGAAGACCCUCAACGGAUUCUCUUCCGAGUAGGGAGAGAGCCCAGCACGAGCAAAGAUUGCAUCUUGGCGCAGAAUUUCAACGCCGAGUCCUAUCUAGAGGUAGAAGUCCUUUCCCACAAGGUGGAGAUCUGCUUGGAUUCCCACAAAGCAUCUGGAAACGUGGCUCACAUCCUGUGGCUGCAACAGAGUCCAUCAGACGAGAGGAUGCAAACGGUGGAGCUGAAUAUCAAAACCGUUUGUAAGGAUGGCCGUUCGGAGCAAAAAGCAGAACUGCCCAUGGCUUUGUGGCUGAAGAGCCACCAAAACACACUGUGGAAAAUGGGCCACGGGUUCUCAUUUGUGCAACUCUUGGCAUCUGGUAAAUAUUCAUUCGCUACCUUCUCUGGGGUGCACAAUGGUACGACGCUUCCCGACAAUAAGGAGGAACUGAUACAAAAGGCCCGCAACAAUUCCUUCAUGACUUCUUACACCGAAAUCCCCUCAGCCAAAAGCAUCAGCCUGGAAUAUAAGAGGAUUUGCGGCUCAGCCGUAGUCACAACCACCCCAGCCCCCCAGACAGCAGAAAACCUGACCGUCAAGGUCCACCAGCUCAUCAACCUUUGCAAGCCCUGGAAGUGCUUGGAUAGCAGCAUCGAAAUUGCUCUCCUCAAGAUGUAUCUGACGGUGUUACCUACCCGGGUCGAUGCCAUCACCUUGAAAGAUCCCAGCUGCAGGGCCAGAGACAACACGACCCAUUUUGUCCUCAACAGCAUCCUGGACAAAUGUUCCACCCAACUUGAAGGGGGUGUCCAUGUGAAAAACCAGGUGCCCUUUGAAUGUGACCUACCGGAGAAAGUGUCUCUCCAGCUUUACAACUCGGAGGAUUUCAACUCGCCAAGCAAUCCGGUGAUACAAGCUCACCAAGUUACCUACGUGGAGGUCUCGCUCCGAACAGCCAUGAAGCAGUUUUCUCUAGAAAUGGGAGACUGUUUCUUAAAACCCCGAGACAGCCCGCCUCAGUUGUUCUUCCACCAAGGGCUCUCUCUGAGCUACUCGGUGGAGACCCUGAAAUCCCCCAGCCCGAAGACCCAACGCUUCAGCUUCACCUACAAGCCAGAGGAAGAACUGUGGUCCAUCGAUUCGGCCACUUUGGUUUGCGUGGUCCAUCUGAACACCUCGAACGACAAACGCCGAAGCUACGAAGGCUCUUUAGAAGUGAUGCUCAAAAACUACAAUCCUGGAUCCCACAACCAAGGCUUGAGGAUCAGCACCGUGCUGGGCAUCGCCUUUGGCGCUUUCUUGAUCGGAGUCCUGCUCACCGGGGCGUUGUGGUUCAUCUAUUCUCACACUCGUCCGAUCGCCAAAACCCAGCCAGCCUUGGCGAACGCACCUGCGUCGGAGAGCAGCAGCACCAACCACAGUUUGGGCAGCACCCAGAGCACCCCCUGUUCCACCAGCAGCAUGGCAUAGCACCCUGACAACGGGGAGCCACCAGCUUAGAGAGAAAGCACCAGGACUGCAAAGCCGUUGGGUUCCGAGGUUGGUGAAGAAGGUUCCGCUUCAACCCAACUGACUUCUGUUCUUCUCCUUCACGCGUCGAAAAGUUGGGU